AUGGAAUACUGCCAGGUCUCUUGGAAACAAACCAAAACAGUUAAGAGACCUGGGAAAGAAUUGACUUCGUGGGGGGAGACAUUACAUCUGGUUGUCGAAGGCGAAAACAACCCCCAACUCCCGCCGCCACCGAACGAAGAUGCUGCUAGGCCCCAGGACAACGGCGGGAAAAAGCCGUAUCCCAGACCUCUUGCAUCCCCUGUGACACGAGCGAAGCCAUCUUCAGCUUUGGCGGCGAGAGUGCGCUGCAUCGUCACUAUCUUGUUAGGCCACGGCGGAUCAUCCGGACUGUCGACAUUUCAGCAACAAAGCCCUUGCAUUAAACUUCCGCUUUGUGCGGCGCGUCCAGAUCGUCCAAUUCUUAAGCGCCUCUUCGACAGGGGUCAAGGGCCUUUUAGUGCUGCGUCCAAAAGAGUCUUAGCCGGAUCUACGAACCUCAACUCUUUUCUCCACACUGACAUCGACCAUGCAGGAUCUAUAUCGACUAGCUUGCCCAGCGAAAAAAGAGGGUAUUUUAGGGCGGCACUGUUAAUCCGUCCGCGCAUUUUGGGGGAGGGUCGGAAAGAAAACAUCGUCGACCUCUCUGCCCAGGCUCUCAGUUCCGCUGUGAUCUUCAUAGCAAACACCGAAUUCCCCGGGGCGAUAAUUUCACGAUGA